AUGAUCUUCGGCUGCAUAGGCGCCGCCUACGGCACCGCCAAAUCCGGCAUCGGCAUCUCCGGCGUCGGCACCUUCCGCCCCGACCUAAUCAUGAAGUCGCUGAUCCCAGUCGUCAUGUCUGGAAUCAUAGCGGUCUACGCGCUUGUCAUCGCGGUGUUGAUCGCUGGAGAUAUGAAUCCGCCGCCGCAGCAGCAUUAUAGCUUGUUCAAUGGGUUCAUGCACUUGGCUUGUGGGUUGAGCGUUGGCUUGACGGGGCUCGCGGCGGGGUAUGCUAUCGGUGUUGUGGGAGAUCAGGGCGUGAGGAGUUAUAUGCAGCAGUCAAGGAUAUUCGUGGGCAUGGUUCUGAUUCUGAUCUUUGGGGAAGUGCUGGGACUUUAUGGGUACGUAUUCUUGGUCGCGCUGUCAUCUGUGUGA